CCAGAGGCGGCGUGGGGAGCGCUGGGAGAGGCUGCGGCGUGCGGAGAGCAGAGCUUUAUAAAAAAUGGAGUUUCAAGCAGUAGUUAUGGCCGUUGGUGGGGGAUCUCGGAUGACAGACUUGACUUCCAGCAUUCCCAAGCCUCUGCUUCCAGUUGGAAACAAACCUUUAAUUUGGUACCCGCUGAACCUGCUUGAGCGUGUUGGAUUUGAAGAAGUCAUCGUGGUUACAACCAAAGAUGUCCAAAAGGCUCUCUGCGCAGAAUUCAAGAUGAAGAUGAAGCUAGAUAUUGUGUGCAUUCCUGAUGAGGCAGACAUGGGCACUGCAGAUUCUCUACGCCACAUUUAUCCAAAACUUAAGACUGAUGUGCUGGUCCUGAGCUGCGAUCUGAUAACGGAUGUUGCUUUACAUGAGGUUGUGGACCUGUUCAGAGCUUAUGAUGCAACACUUGCCAUGCUAAUGAGGAAAGGACAAGAGAGCAUAGAACCCGUUCCAGGUCAGAAGGGGAAAAAAAAAACAGUGGAGCAGCGUGACUUCAUUGGAGUGGACAGCACAGGAAAAAGGCUGCUCUUUAUGGCUAAUGAAGCAGACUUGGAUGAAGAGCUGGUCAUUAAGGGAUCCAUCCUGCAGAAGCACCCUAGGAUACAUUUCCACACCGGCCUUGUGGAUGCCCAUCUCUACUGCCUGAAGAAAUACGUUGUGGAUUUCUUAAUGGAGAAUAGGUCAAUCACUUCUAUCCGAAGCGAACUGAUUCCAUACCUAGUAAGAAAACAGUUUUCCUCAGCUUCCUCACAGCAAAGGCAGGAAGACAAAGAAGAGGAUCUAAAGAAAAAGGAGCUGAAGUCUUUAGAUAUUUACAGUUUUAUAAAAAAAGACAACACUCUGACCUUGGCUCCCUAUGAUGCCUGCUGGAAUGCUUUUCGAGGAGACAAGUGGGAAGAUUUGUCUAGAUCACAGGUUCGCUGCUAUGUCCACAUCAUGAAAGAAGGACUUUGCUCUCGUGUAAGCACACUGGGACUCUACAUGGAAGCCAACAGACAGGUUGGAGCUGAUAGCCUCAUUGGGCCAGAUACACAAGUUGGAGAGAAGUCAUCUAUUAAGCGCUCUGUCAUUGGCUCAUCCUGUGUCAUACGAGACAGAGCAUCUAUUACCAAAUGCCUCCUCAUGAACUCUGUCACCGUGGAAGAAGGGAGCAGUAUCCGUGGCAGCGUCAUCUGCAACAACGCCGUGAUCGAGACGGGUGCGGAGCUCACGGACUGUUUGGUUGGAAGUGGUCAGAGGAUUGAAGCCAAAGCUAAACGAAUGAAUGAGGUGAUCGUGGGGAAUGACCAGCUCAUGGAGAUCUGAACCCUGAACAAGCCUGACCCCUUCCUUUUGGGACUCAAACUACAGAUGCUGCCUGACCCACCUGUUUGACUCUGUAUUUAUUUUUCAAUAAAGAAGAAUUUCCAGGC